AACCGCUUGAAACCAUGAGGGUGAUACUAUUGGCUGUGGUUUACAUCUCGUUCACCGUGGCCUUGGAACGAAUACCUCUCGUUCGAUUUAAAUCUAUCAAGAAACAGCUGAAAGAAAAGGGAGAAUUAGAGGAGUUCUGGAGAAAUCACCACCCUGACAUUUUUGCUCGGAGGUACCUGCACUGCUUCCCUGCAGAUAUUGCCUUAUCAGUAGGAACCGCUUCAGAAAGGCUGUAUGAUUACAUGAAUGCUCAGUACUACGGGGUUGUGAGCGUUGGCACGCCACCUCAGAGGUUCACAGUGGUGUUUGACACGGGAUCGUCCAACUUUUGGGUCCCCUCCGCUUAUUGCAUCAGCGAAGCGUGCAGGGUGCACCAGAGAUUUAAGUCCUUUCUGUCGGAUUCAUACGAGCACGGAGGGGAAGCCUUUUCCUUGCAGUAUGGCACAGGUCAGCUUUUGGGCAUUGCUGGCAAAGACACGCUGCAGAUUAGUAACAUUUCCAUCAAGGGGCAGGACUUUGGCGAGUCUGUGUUUGAGCCAGGAGUAACCUUUGCCCUGGCCCACUUUGAUGGGGUGCUGGGUUUAGGAUACCCUUCCUUAGUGGUGGGCAACGCUCUGCCGGUGUUUGACAGCAUCAUGAACCAGCAGCUGGAGGAGAAGCCAGUCUUUUCUUUCUAUCUGAAAAGAGGAGACGACAGCGAGAACGGUGGUGAGCUGAUCCUGGGCGGUAUAGACCAUUCCCUCUACAAAGGCUCCAUUCACUGGGUCCCCGUCACUGAGAAAAGCUACUGGCAAAUACAUCUGAACAGUAUAAAGAUCCAGGGCCAGGUGGCAUUUUGCUCCCACGGUUGCGAAGCCAUCGUCGACUCGGGCACUUCUCUUAUCACUGGCCCCUCUUCACAAAUCAGGCGGUUACAGGAGUAUAUUGGGGCAAGUCCAUCACAGACGGGAGAGUUUCUCGUAGACUGCAGAAGACUGUCCAGCUUGCCUCACAUCAGCUUCACUAUUGGACACCACGAAUACAAGCUGACGGCUGAGCACUAUGUGGUAAAGGAGUCUAUUGAAGACCAAACCUUCUGCAUGAGUGGCUUUCAGUCUCUGGAUAUCACCACUCGCACAGGCCCGCUCUGGAUUUUAGGAGAUGUCUUUAUGUCUGCGUUUUACUGCAUUUUUGACCGUGGGAAUGACAGAGUGGGAUUUGCAAAAUCUGCUCAUAGGAAGGAUUACUACUGAGUCCCAACAGCAUUUUUUCUGCCUGAACUGGAGUGUUACUGUAGUGAUCUUCAACACACAUAGGAAGAAGGGCUUUGACUGAAACCCUGGACCUGAAUGCAGCCCCCCAGGUUUGAAGGGCUUGGGGUGAUCCUUGGUCCAAAUUGUGUAGUUUGAUUCAACCUCUAUCUGUUUACAACUGAGAAACUUUUUUUUCUGAAUAACUGAUAAAUACCACAGCUCUCUAGAUGAAAUGAAAGCAACUCACCACUCAGAUUUGCAAAAGAUCAGGAAGGAUAAAAACACUAAGCAGUGCAAGGGUGACGUAACGGCGGUUACAAAUGGGUGAAACUAAUCCUAGGCUGAUCUGCUCCAAGGAUCUUUUUUUUCUUCUCGCUUGUCAGCUUCCAUCUCACUUCCUACUGACUCCCUUUUCCUGACCGUUUUCCAUGCUAUAAUUUAUUCUUUGGGAUUUUGACCAACCUUGUCUCCUUAGCGCUGCAUAAAUUCUCUUUAUGGGCUUGCUCCAACUGGUGUAUCUACAGAGCUGCUGGACGGAGCCCUGUGGGAACAUAACCCUUUCCACUGCUGUUCGCCGCUUACAGCUCCCUGCUCCUUACGCCGCCUCCCCAGCCUGCCGUUUCCCUUGGGUUCAAUCUCCCCUGACACUUUCCCUCUCUCUUUAGUCCCUUGGGACUAGCGGUCCCACUAGUCUUGGUGUCUGAUGCCUAUGUCUUUAGUCGGAUGCUGCCUCUGCCCUUGGGCCUGCUCUGGCAGCCGGGAGCCGCAUCUGUUUGCAUGACGAACGUCAGACCGCCACCAUCGGAAAGGGAGCUGUUUGGAAAUCCUCCGGCAGCACCCCUUCGGUCCAGAUGAGUUGCAAGGCCAAAGCACCAGCACUAAAGCCUGUACUGUCCCUUCCUGAGCAACAUCUGGUCAACAGCAGCUACAGCUCUGCCGGAGGUGUGAAACAGCCACAGGUAGCUAUGUUGUCUCUGUAACUGGUACAGGAAAAAACGACUCACCUAGAUCAUGCCUCUUUGAAUAUUUGUUUUGCUUGUUAAAACUGAUAAUGUCCAUGUGCACAUGAAUAAACUUAAUCAAGGAAAAUCUC